CGGGCGCGCGCCAAGGGAGUCCCGCCGAUCCCGGGUGUCCCCCCCCCACACACACACACACCGGUCCUCGGGGCGCAGCGCCCACGGGGUCUGCGGCGGGGGGCGGCGCCCGGGGUUGCCAUGAGCUCCCCGCCGCCCGCCCGCAAGGGCUUUUACCGCCAGGAGGUGACCAAGACGGCCUGGGAGGUGCGCGCCGUGUACCAGGACCUGCAGCCCGUGGGCUCCGGCGCGUACGGCGCCGUGUGCUCGGCCGUGGACAGCCGCACCGGUGCCAAGGUGGCCAUCAAGAAGCUGUACCGGCCCUUCCAGUCCGAGCUGUUCGCCAAGCGCGCCUACCGCGAGCUUCGCCUCCUCAAGCACAUGCGUCACGAGAACGUCAUCGGGCUGCUGGACGUGUUCACUCCUGACGAAACCCUGGAUGAUUUCACAGACUUUUACCUGGUGAUGCCGUUCAUGGGCACCGACCUGGGCAAACUCAUGAAGCACGAGAAGCUGAGCGAGGACCGAAUCCAGUUCCUUGUCUACCAGAUGCUGAAGGGGCUAAAGUACAUCCAUGCUGCUGGCAUCAUCCACAGGGACCUGAAGCCUGGCAAUCUGGCAGUGAAUGAGGACUGUGAGCUGAAGAUCCUGGACUUCGGCUUGGCCAGGCAGGCCGACAGCGAGAUGACUGGGUACGUGGUGACCCGGUGGUACCGUGCACCUGAGGUCAUCUUGAAUUGGAUGCACUACACCCAGACGGUGGACAUCUGGUCAGCGGGCUGCAUCAUGGCAGAGAUGAUCACAGGGAAGACGCUGUUCAAGGGCAGUGACCACCUGGACCAGCUGAAGGAGAUCAUGAAGGUGACAGGGACUCCUCCCGAUGAAUUUGUGCAGAGGCUGCAGAGUGCCGAAGCGAAGAACUACAUGAAGGGCCUCCCCGAGUUGGAGAAGAAGGAUUUCGCUUCCAUCCUGACUAACGCAAGUCCUCUGGCUGUGAACCUCCUGGAGAAAAUGCUGGUACUGGAUGCCGAACGGCGGGUGACUGCGGCCGAGGCGCUCACACACCCCUACUUCGAGUCACUGCAGGACACGGAGGAUGAACCCAAGGCCCAGAAGUACGACGAGUCCUUUGACGAUGUGGAUCGCACGCUGGACGAGUGGAAGCGUGUCACAUAUAAGGAAGUGCUCAGCUUCAAGCCUCCCCGGCAGCUGGGGACCAAGGUGUCCAAGGAGACAGCGCUGUGAAGACCCCUGGGCCCUGAGAGCGGUGGGGAGGGGGCCUUGAGGACCCUGGCUGGGGCUUCCACCUGGAAGGGGAUCCUGAUUAUCACUGUGACUCUGGCUGGGGUUUGCAUCCCAGGAGACCUAUGGUUCCAUGGACCCCCUCCCCCAGCCAUUACCCUGCUCUCAAGGCUACCACCUCAGUCUAACCUUGGGGGGGGGGCAUCUGGACCUUCUGAACAGGACGCCAAACUGACCUGGGACUGGCCUCUGACUCCCUGGGCAGUGGUCCCCUUCCCCAGGUGCAACAAGAAGCCUCAGAGCCCGUGGGGGAUGGGGGUGGUGAGGCUUGGGUCAAGGCUUGGCCUGACCCUGUCCGCUCCAGCCCCUGCUGGAACCCAGUUCACACAGCUGAAAGAGAUACACAGGGAGGGCACUGAGUGCCUACUCAGGGAUGUCUCUCCUGGGGGGCGUUGGUGUGGACUCUCCUGAACCCCCCAGCCCGGAAUGUAAAUUGGCCCUGUGCUAUGCCCACAUGACGGGAAGGAAAUAAACCCUUUUGUAGAGAUCCCA